AUGGCGAGCGACCCCGGCGGCGACGGCGACGCGUGCCCGCUAUGCGGCAGCGGGGAUGACCAGGCGCCGGUGACGGCCGCCCCUGCGCGCGUCACGCUCCGCAAGCGGAACCUGCCAGCGGAGGCCGUCGCGCGGGUGGGGCCCGGCGACGAGGCGGCCGCGCCGCGUGAGGCGGUCGCGUGGCAGCAGAGCGGCAUGGUGGAGCUGCAGGAGGAGCUCGAGGCGGAGCGCCGCGCCGCUGCCGAGGCCGCCAGCGAGGCCAUGUCCAUGAUCCUGCGCCUGCAGCGGGACAAGUCAGAGGCCAUGAUGGAGGCGCGCCAGUUCCGGCGGUUCGCCGAGGAGCGGUUCGCGCACGACGCCUCCGAGGUCGCCGCCCUCCACGACGCCAUCGCGCGGCGUGAUGCCUCCAUCCAGUCGCUCUCGGAGCAGCUCCGGGUGUGCCGCUCCCGCCUCAUCCAGCUCGGGUUCCUCUCCCCGUCGUUCCUCCCCUCAUCUCCCACAGCCGCCGCGGGGGACAACCUCUUCGCUGACGACUACCCUUCCAUCCAAUGCCUCGAUUAUCCUGCGCCCUCCGACGUCGGUACUCCACGCACCCACCACAUGCUCUAUACAAUGCCCGGCCGAGAUGCCCAUAAGGGGGUCAUCUGCUCUUCACCACGGCGCCAGCGCCAUGGGCGCGCACUCUCCAAUGACAGCUUGUAUGAUGGCGGCAUUGCAGCGGCUGAUGAGUUCACGUACGUGGUGGAGCAGGACGUGUCGGAACUGGAUGAUGACUGCGACCGGGUGUACACUGUGGACGCAGUGCAUCGCGUGCCUGUCGCCGCACCUGAGGACUGCUGCUACUUUCAGACACCGAUGGGGAACGACGUGGGCUUUGUUGAUGGGGUUGGGGCGUGGGCUGAGGAGCAGCGGAUACAAAAGCUCAGUGCAAGGCUACAAGCGCUGGAGGCAGAUCGGGAGUCGAUGCGGCAUGCAAUCAUGUCAAUGGGAGCAGAGAAGGCGCAGGUUGUGAUGCUCAAGGAUAUCGCUCACCAGCUCUGCGAGGAGGCAGCACCAUUGCCUGCAGUUUCAUUGAAAUUGCAUCCAGUGCCGCAAGCGGUAGUAGCGCCAAAGAGGAAGUUGGUGAAGAGGCAGCCUUUCUGCGUGAAAUUCUUCAUUGUGACCGCAAUUAAGUGGAUUGUAUCUGUCUUUUCCCGGCAAAAGAAAUUAGAUCGCAUCAAGUACCCAUUUGGCUUGUGCGGGAGCUAUGUUGGACUAAUGCUGCUGCUUGAUAGGUCCCACAAACAGAGAUACAGAAGAUUUCUUAAGAGAGCUAGGUGA